AUGAGGACAGUCACAGUCGUGGUUCUGGUGGCUUUAAUCGCCGUGGGGAUGGACAUGGCCUGGGCUCUGAGAUCUCCCAGAAAGAAACCUGGAGCCUGUCCUAAGGUGCGCCUGGGAACUGCAGGGAUUUGUGUGGAAAGGUGUUCUGGAGAUAACUCCUGUCCCAAGAAAAUGAAGUGCUGCAGCACUGAUUGUGGUCACAUCUGCCUGCAGCCUGUCUUCCACGAGACCAGCACUGACAGCCCUGUGGCAGAUGGGGUGGAUGAUGACAACCAGGCCUGA